CAAUAUUUCCUAUAACCAGAAAAUCCCACUGCCAUGAAAAUGGAAUCUUGGUUGUCCAAGUUUACCUGUUUGCAUUGUCUUCUUUUGCUAUUACUCAAUGCUACUCAUUGUUUUUCAUUUGUGAAGACGCAGACACAAACACUCUGUCACGCCGAAGAGCAAUCGUUCUUGUUACAAUUCAAGGAAAGUUUUACGAUAGACAAGUCAGCUUCUUCAUCUGCUUUUGCUUAUCCGAAGGUUGCAUCUUGGACUCGAGAAGGAGAUCAGAAUCAGAGUAACUGUUGUUCGUGGGAUGGUGUUCAGUGCCAUGCGGAGUCUGGCCAUGUCAUUGGCCUUGAGCUCAAAAGCAGUUGUCUCUAUGGUUCUAUCAAUUCCAACAGCACCAUCUUCCGACUUGUUCACUUGCAGAUGCUUGACCUCUCAGAUAACAACUUCAAUUCCUCUGAAAUACCAUCGAGAUUGGGUCAUGACCUUUCGAGUCUAUCCUAUCUCAACCUUUCACUGUCUGCAUUUUCUGGGCAAAUUCCAUCUGAAAUUUCAAAGCUAUCCAAACUGUCUACUCUUGAUCUGUCUCAAAAUAAUGGUUUGGAGCUUGGGAAGUCCAACAUGAGAAUCCUAGUCCAAAACUUGACCAGCAUAAAACAACUUCAUCUUAGUGAUGUAGGCAUAUACUCCAUUAUGCCUGAUAUCUUGGUCAAUGCAUCUUUUCUCACAUCUCUCAACCUAAGCUACUGUGGGUUGUAUGGGGAAUUCCCAGUAGGCAUUUUCCACCUACCAAACCUAGAGGAGCUUAUUUUAUACUCGAACAUAAAGCUAAAUGGUUAUUCUCCCAUUUUUAACAGAACCAAUUCCCUCAAAACAUUGGAUGUUUCAGGGACAAAUUUCUCUGGUGAACUUCCUAGUUCUAUUGGAAACCUUCAUUCCAUAAAUUACUUUGAUAUCUCAAACUGUGGUUUUGAUUCCCAUGUUCCAUUUUCCUUCAGAAACCUUACCCAACUUAGUUUCCUUAAGAUGAAUACAUUUCAUGACGUUUCUACAGGCCAAUUCUUAGUUCCUGAUUCCUUGUCUUGUUUUGGAAAAUUAACCAAGCUCAACUACUUGGGUCUUUCAAAUAUUAACUUAAGGGGAAAUUUCCCAAGUUUUGUGGCUAACCUGACCCAAUUAACUUUUUUGCUGCUUUCCUUCAACGAUUUGCAAGGAGCAGUUCCUAAGUCGCUUUCCACCUCAAAAAUCUUGAACUUCUUGGCCUUUCCGGUAAUAAUUUGAGUGGAUUAGUUGAGUUUGAUGAGUUUUCCAACCUCAAAAAGUUGAAGGCACUUGGUUUAUCGUACAAUAGGUUAUCGGUGCAUGUCAAAUCUGGUUUGAGUGCUACUCUUCCAAAGUUCGAAAUUCUAAGGUUGGCUGGAUGCAACUUGACAGAGUUUCCAGAAUUUUUGAAAAAUCAAUAUGAAUCGGGAGUCCUAGACCUUGCUGGUAACAAUAUUCAUGGCCAAAUACCAAAAUGGCUCUGGAAUGCAACUAGAGAAACUUUGGUCAAUCUCUACCUUGAUGUUAACUUCUUAACAGGCUUCGAGGAAAAUCCAGUCACUCUUCCAUGGAAAAAUCUACAACUUUUUAAUCUUGAGAAUAAUCGGUUACAAGGGUCAUUGCCAAUUCCACCACAAUCUAUCAUGUCUUACAGUGUCCGCAACAAUAAUUAUAGUGGAGAAGUUUCACCAUUGUUUUGCGACUUGAAUUAUCUUCAAGUUCUUAAUUUGGGCAACAACAGCCUGAGUGGCAUGCUUCCACGGUGUUUGGGGAAGUCCAAAAGCUGAAAAUACUGCAUUUGAUGUUUAAUUCUUUCCAUGGGGAUAUUCCUCCAUUUUGUGCUAACAAAAAUAGUUUGAAAUUGGUUGGGUUAGGUUACAAUAGGUUACAAGGGAUGCUACCAAGAUCAAUGGCCGAUUGCACUCAGUUAGAGUUUCUUAACAUUGGCAACAAUCAGAUUAGUGACAUCUUCCCUUCUUGGUUAGGGGUACUUCCACUAUUGAGUGGUCUCAUUUUGGGGUCGAAUGCAUUUCAUGGGAUAAUUGGGAAGCCUCCAACUAAUCAUGAGUUCCCAAACUUGUGCAUCAUUGAUUUAUCCAACAAUCUGUUUUCAGGUAUGUUGCCUUCUAAGUACAUGGAGAACUGGAAUUUCAUGAAAUAUGUUGUUACAAACAAGGGAAGCCGAUACUUUAUAAUCUCAUCGAACAUCAGCGCAAUAAAUAUAGAAAUUUCUAUGAAUCUUCAUACAAUAUGAUAAUUCCUGUAAAAGGUGUUGAGUUAACAUAUGAUAAGACCCCUUAUGAUCUGAGACUCAUAGAUUUCUCAAGUAAUAGAUUUGAAGGAGAGAUUCCAGCAAGUAUCAUUGGGAGUCUAAGAGCACUUCAUUUGCUAAACCUAUCCAACAAUGCUCUCUCUGGUCACAUCCCUUCAUCUCUAGGGAACUUGACUGCUCUUGAAUCGUUGGAUCUCUCACAAAACAAGCUCUCAGGAAGGAUCCCCAGUAGUUUGGCACAACUCACUUUCCUUGAGUACUUCAAUGUGUCGCAUAACCAUCUUUGGGGGACUAUACCACUUGGCCAACAAUUCAGUACAUUCCUAGAAGAUUCAUACCAAGGAAACUCAGGUGUGUGUGGAAAGCCUUUGUCCAAGAAAUGUGAGGGUUCUGAGAGCUUGAGGUUGCCACCAUCAAGCUUUAAAGAAGUUGAAGAAGCUGGAUUUCCUUUUGAGUUUGACUGGUAUGUAGUCUUGCCGGGAGUUGUUAGCGGACUAAUAGUGGGAGUGGUUGCUGGAAACACAUUGGCAAACAAGAAUCAUGAAUGGUUUAUGGAGACAUUCAGCAGGAGGAGGAAGCCAACAACCGCAAGGGCGAUGAGGGGACGCUGAACUUAGCUUGAUGUGUCUACCGGCUAGAGAAAUGUUUGGGCCUUCAAGGCUAAUGUCAUGUUUUUUAUGAUUUUUGGUGCUUCAACAUAUGUUGUUAUGUUAUAUUACAAUAAUGGGCUUCUAUAA